AAAAACUGGUAUAACGAUUUCGGGGGAUGUGACGAAAAAUGCUGAUGGCCUAGAGGACGUGGAUGCUUUCUUCGAAGCAGCAAAUUCUACGACAAAGAUUGACGAAACCACUACAACGACAAUCAUUGAGGAAGUAUCAAUGUCUCUUGUCACAGAUG